UCAAAAUCGACUUUUGACUCGCCUCCGUCAAGCAACAAACAAACAGUCAAACCGAUGCUUGCGAGUGAGAAUUCAUCAACGCCGAAAGUCGUUCACGGCGCAUCGUCGACCGGCGUACUGCGCAACCUGACCAACGGCGCUGCUUCCGGAGCAGCAGCAACGCCAAUCUCAAAGCAGCAGCAGCAGCCCGAGCCCGCCGUUACGCCUGCGCCACACACUCCCAGUCACAAUGGCCGCAACCUGUUCUCGCUUGCACCAGGAGCAGCACCGGGCGCAGGAGCAGGAGCAGGAGGGCGUCACGACGAGCAGCUGGACCUGUCCGCUUUGACAGGCGGCGGCGAGCGGGAUGAAACGGUUUCAAAUUUGACCAACGGCUUUGGCAGCGCGCUCAACGACCUGUCAUUCACUGCACUCUACCCGAGCAGCGCGGCCGAGCUGGACAGCGUCGGCGAUCUCACAGAGACCACAGCCACUAUGAACUUGCGCUUUGGUGCUGGUGCGGGUGGUGCUGGUGGUGCUGGUGCUGGUGCAGCAGGGAAGCGAAGGCAGUCCUCGCUCAAGCCCGCUGCCUCGCGCAAGAGCGCCAUUGACCGUCGCAGGGUGUCCUUUGCCCAGCAUGCAUAUGUCAAUACGUAUGACAAGAAUCCGCUCGAGUGGCGAACACCGUCCCCAGUCGCUGCACCUCCGUCGCGACCGGUUGCCGCAGCCAGCAACACCAACCCGCCCGCGGACUUGAACUCGAGCAUUCUGGCCUUCCAGCGAGGAACGCUGCCGUCGGCCGCGCAAUCCACGUCCAAUGGAACACUGCGGUCGUCGUUGGAUCGGGGACGCAUGUUGGUUGCGGAAGUGCAAAUGGACUUUGCCGCUGAAGCCGAACGCGUUGCCAACACCAACACCACCAACAACCAAGACCUCCUUCUUGAUGCGCAGACGAUGGACUCGUUCAUGGCAGAUGACGACAACGAUGCCACCACCAACGUGUCAGUGCUGAUGCGUCGAAUCUCUGCGUGUGGGCUCACCAUCUCCAACACGGACGUGAGCAACUCGUCCGAGACGGAUGAUUCCACCCUGCCCUCGACCAAAGCAGCCUUGAGCUCAACCCCAAGUGAGUCAACGCAGACUGGUCUGAGCAUCCUUCCCAAGAACAUUCCUGCGCUCGACUUUUCCAUGGAGCAGGAGGAUUUGCCCGAGCCCGCUGCUGCUGCUGCUGCUGCUGCUGACGAAAUGGCAUCGCGCCGCAUGAGCAUCCGCGAUAACGAGGCGAUGGACCUGACAGAGUGCGUAGGAGAAAUCCUUUCUGCAGAAGUGAAUGUUGCUCCUGCUGCUGCUGGCUCAGAGCUGGAGCUGGAGCCGACUGCCAGCGUUCCUGCAGUUGCAGCUGAGGGUGAGCUGGAAAUCACCUCUCCCCUCCCCGCCUCUUCUCGCCGCAAGUCCAUUCGUGACGCGUGUGCGAUGGAUGAAACAGAGUGUGUUGGAGGACUUGUCGCAGUGGCUCCGGAGCCCGAGAUGCCUGCGCUGGAGGAGCCUGAGCUCGAGGCACCAGAGCCGGCAUCAGCUCGCCGCAAGUCCAUUCGUGACAUGUGCGCCAUGGACGAGACCGAAUGUGUCGGUGGCAUUCUGCAGAAUGCAGGCCCGACUGUCGAGCCCGCAUGGUCCCCUGCUACGAUUUCGCCUGCCAAGCGUCCGGCUGAGGACGAUGCCAACAUCCAUGUGCCUCAAUCCGAACUUUUGGAGAACAAUGCCAACUACCCAGUCGAGAUGUGUGACUUGAACGACACGUUUGACGAGGACACGUUCAACAACCGCUUUGCCAAUCUGCGGCGAAAGAGUGUUGUCGGCCGCCCCAGCAUCAGCGGCGCAGUCCUUCAGCGAUCCAAAAAAGCCCGCAUGGACGAAUCAGAGGACGAAGGCGAUGAGGCUGAAAGCGAGACCACCCACCUUGCCGCAGAGGCCGCAGCGAUUGCGAACGCACCCACCUUGGAAUCGGAUUUCAAGCUGCAGGACGUCUCCAUGGUCGACGACCUAUCUGCCAUUGAGCCAGAGUGCGCGCAACCGGCACCCCUUUCCAUGCAAGACCUUGAUAUCACCAAUACCGUGACCAACUCCAUCGCUCCUGGUAUCAUGCUUCCCAUUCAAUUGUCUUCUUCGUCGUAUGGCGCAGAGGCUAUUCGCCGCCCAGUUUUGGCUCAAGCCGAGGUUGGCAAAGCUCUCCAGACUCAGCCAUCUGCUGCUGCUGCUGCUGCUGCUGCUGUGCAACCUUCGUCCGCGCAACCCCAGCUCGUCGCAGACACAAGAUCCCCGUCCCCUGCUCCUGGCGACGUGUCCCAGCUCAACGACCAGCCCUCGUUCAUGAGCGAAGGACCCAGCAUGCUCGACCAAUCUGAGCUAGACGCGAGCUUUGCCUCCCCGGCAGAGCAGCUGUCGCUUGCCCAGUUCUUGAUUAUGGCGCAAGUUCGCUUCCUCGACCAAAUUUCCUAUCGCCGACGAACCACCAUUGCCUUGCCGACAAACAUCCCUGCCGCCGGCACGGCAACGGGCGCUGCCACCGCGCCGCUGUUGGACUUUGGCCGCGUCGAUGACAGCAUCCGCCAUUCGAUCUCCUUUUCCAUCGACAAGGCCUACCUCGUCGAGGGCUGCCAGACCUACGAGGAAAUUACGCAGGAGCUGCGUCGCGUGAUUGGCUCCAUGGAGUACGACAUGAGCAAGAGCAAUCCCCCACUGUUUGAGACGUUGUCCAUCUUGACCCAAGCCCAAGACAUGGCAGAGAUCCAGCUGCUGCGCCGCAACCUGGCCGCCACAAAGGCCUACCAUAGCAGCAUCUCGCACUUUCGUUGGUACGAGUGGCGCGCGAAAAUGGAAGAUGGCAUUCUUCGCGACAUGAACGAGGAGCUUCCGCUGGUUCGAGAGGACUUGAACCAAAUUCGCAAGACCAGCUCGCGCGUCUCGGCCCUGAUUGAGGCCGCCAAGAAGAGCAAAGAGCAGAUGGCUGCCCGAGUUGCGUCGCUCAAAGCGACUGCGGUGAACCCGAGCGAGCAGCAAAACCUUACGGCAAUGUUGCAGCUUGGCAACUCGAAUGUGGCCCGUUUUCGUGAGGAAGCUGCGGCAGUCGAAGCAAGCAAGGCACAGGCAACCAAGCUGAACGAGCAACUCAACCAAGUCACGCCAAAGCAUGUGCAAUUGGCAAAGGAACGAUACACCAGCAUUGUACGAUUGGUCUCGUUCUCUGUGAGUGAGUUGACAAAGCAAGAAGUGGUGCUCGAGUUCCUCGACAAACAACUCGAAUUGCGACUUCGGUUGGACGCGAAUGGCAAACCUGUGGAGGCUCGCCUUGUGCCAACCGCCCUUGCAUGCGCACAAGUCAAGACUUUGAAUGACGCAUGUGAUUGGGCUGGGUUGCUCGGCAAGACUGUCAAGCAAGGAAAGGCUGCAUCGCAGAUUGUCUCUUUGGUGGCCCUCUUUGUCGGACGUCUGCGUGCACUGCUUGCCGAGCUCAAAAAGAUUGGCGUGUACCACACCGUGACAAUCCGCUCGAUGGAUGCAAGCUCUGAGUUUGUCAACGUGGUCUUUGAGUUUUUCAGCUUGAAGAAGCACGCAAAGUUCAACGUGGCACUCGGCCUGUGCCCCACGGCCAACCCGAUCGCAAAUACGCAGCCGAAUGCUGUUGUAUCGGUGGCCUUUGGAAGCAUUUCUGAACAGCAGGUUCUGGCAGCCGUUGGACGAUGCCAACAAGGUCGUGACUACCUCACUCGAGUGUGCGCAUCCGUUGAAUCGCUGUUGCACUAAGCAGGAGUGUUCGAGCGUUGUAGUUGUGUGUGUGUGUGUGUGUGUGUGUGUGUGUGCAGUCAAAACGCAUCAAGUGGACUAGAUUGGGCGUUGUGGUGAUGAGAUUUGUGUUUUGUUGGUAACAUUGAUGGUUUGAAACAUUGAAAUGAACAUUGUGCACAGUACAGACGGUCUGAAGUA